AUGUUUGCUUCGAGUGAUCUGCACACCUUGAAUAUAGAGAGCCCACGAUCACAAUACUUCCUGAACCCCCUGUUCAGUGAUAUCAUUCUCAUAUGCGACGGGCAGUACUUCCCCGCGCAUCGUCCGAUCAUCUGUCUCCAGUCGCGGUACUUUGCUCGGACCAUCGAUCAAUCAUUAUCCUAUCCUGAGAUGAACAGGACGAGACCCAUCCUCCUCCGACACACCCCGCCCUACCUGUUGAUCAGAGUCCUCGAGUUCCUGUAUAAGGGCGACUAUACCGUCAGUAGUGCCACGAUCUUAAGCGCAAUCGAUAGCGGCCUGCUUCACGAGAACACCGCCGUGACACGUACCCCCAACGCCAAUAUCGCCAACGCAGUUGACCGCGACAGGCUGGCAAUCCGCUACGCCGCGUGCUUUCACGCGAGAGUGUACGCGCAAGCGGAAUACCUUGUGAUCGAGAGUCUCCAUGCCCUCGCGGCGGACCGCUUCUCGACCGCGCUGUGGUAG